AUGGCACUGGAAUAUGUUUUUGGUGUGGCAUUCACCCUGGAAAUUUUGGUGAAACUCUUAGCGUUCGAAUUCUGCGAAUUUGCACGAGAUCUUUGGAAUUGGUUCGAUACCUUCCUCGGGAUGCUUCCAGUGAACACCACAUUGCUGCGCUUGAUGCGGCUGCUUCGCUUGCUAAGGCUGGUGCGAUUGAUAAAAACUUUUGACUCACUCUAUUUGAUGACAACUGCCUUGAAGGGCAGUGCAUUGAUUCUCACCUGGGCAUGUGUGCUGUUGAUGGUGCUCCAGGUGCUCAUUGCCCUCUUGUUGAACCAAGUCUUGUAUGAUUCGUAUUUAGAUGAGACCAGCUUCCCCAUAGAGGAGAGGCGGGAAGUGUUUGAAUACUUUGGAACGUUCACGCGCUCUAUGCUGUCCAUGUUUGACACAUCGCCUACUACCUCCUGGACCUGGAAGAGUCCUCGGUUUGUGUGGGCUACCUCCUGGCUUUGCUGGCCUAGUGGUGGUGCGAAAGGUAGGCUAACGGUGAAUGGUCGUGGACGCACCCUGCGUUGCCUACAAUCAGUUUGCGUCGUGCUCACGACCAUUUGCAGUGUGGCCUUCACGGAGGCGGGCGGCAUCUACUUCACGGAAUGGUUUAUGCUUCUAUGUAUUCUUCAUAAGUUGGUCAUUGGCUUUGCAGUCGUUGGAGUGAUCAAUGGCGUUUUUAUUCAGGAGACAUUCAAAGUCGCAUCAUCAGACAAUCAGAUUAUGAUGAGGCAGAAAGAAAGAUCUUACAAAUUGCACGAAAUGAAGAUGAGACAGCUAUUUAUGGAAGCUGAUACCGAUGGCGAUGGUUUUGUGAACGCAGAUGAAUGGCGAGAACUUGUUAGCCAUCCCGCUGUGCAGUUAUGGCUUGGCUCAAUGGACCUGGAUGCUGCUGACGCAGAUGGCCUCUACGAGUUGAUCCACGACUUGGAUCAAGAUGGUGAUCUCACCAUGGAUGAGCUCAUCAGGGGCGUCGCACGGCUCAAGGGCACAGCGAGAAGCUAUGACUUGCAGAUGCUACUCCGACAGGUGCUGGCUCUGACGGAGUCCGUGGACAAGUUGAAGAGAAGUGUGGAUCGAAGGUCACGGGCGAACAGAGUGUCAGACCAGGAUGAGAUUGAGCUCAACGAUACUUCCGAUAGGGAGGCGAAGGACGUGCCAGUCCACGGGCUCUAUAGUGAAAGCCUUUGA